UGUCCUGGUACGCGGAACUGUGCGAGGCGAGCGGGGCCCUCCUGGCAGCUGCCCCUGGACCCCCUGGGCACCCAUGUGCUGCCUCAGGGACCCCUUCACACCAUGAAUGACCAGUACCACCGAGCCGCCCGGGAUGGCUACCUGGACCUGCUGAAGGAAGCCACCAAGAAGGACCUGAACUCACCAGAUGAGGAUGGCAUGACCCCGACCCUAUGGGCCGCCUACCACGGCAACCUGGAUGCCCUGCGCCUGAUUGUGAGCAGAGGGGGCGAUCCAGACAAAUGUGACAUCUGGGGGAACACCCCUCUCCACCUGGCAGCAGCCAACGGCCACUUGAACUGCCUCUCCUUCCUCAUCUCCUUUGGGGCCAACAUCUGGUGCCUGGACAAUGACUACCACACCCCCCUGGACAUGGCAGCCAUGAAGGGGCACAUGGAGUGUGUGCGGUACCUGGACUCGAUUGCUGCCAAGCAGAGCAGCCUCAACCCCAAGCUGGUGAGCAAACUGAAGGACAAGGCCUUUCGGGACGCCGAGAGGAGGAUUAAGGACUGCGUGAAGCUGCAGAAGAAGCACCACGAAAGGAUGGAGAAACGGUACAGAAAGGAGAUGUCAGAUAAUUCGGAUACCAUGAGCUUUUCCAGCUAUUCGAGCAGCACCUUAAGCAAGAAGUUCCAGCACAUGUCUAUGGUGACUUCCCUGCCAUACUCACAAGCCACCAUCCAUGGCACAGCCAAGGGGAAGACGAAAAUACAAAAGAAGUUAGAGAAGAAGAAGCAGGUGGAUGGGACAUUCAAGAUCUACGAAGAUGGGAGGAAAAGCGUGCGGUCUCUGUCUGGUCUGCAGCUGGGAAAUGACGUCAUGUUUGUGAAGCAGGGCACGUACGCCAGCCCCAAGGAGUGGACUCGCCGCAAUAUCCGAGACAUGUUCCUUACGGAUGAAGACACUGUCUCCCGUGCCAUAAGCGACCCAGGUUUGCACAUGGACUCAGCCCACUCGGAGGUCAGCACCGACUCUGGACACGACUCCUUGUUCAACCGCCCGGGGCUGGGCACCAUGGUGUUCCGGCGCAACUACGUCAGCAGCGGGCUCUUCGGGAUCGGCCGGGAGGACGGGGGAGCGCUGGGGGAGGACAGCAGCGAUGGGAUGGGGGUCAAACUGCAGAGCCGCCUGCAGCGCUCGCCAAGUCUCAAUGACAGCAUUGGCAGUGCCAACAGCCUGCAGGAGAGGAACGCAGAGGAGCUGCCCUGGGAUGAGGUGGAGCUGGGCUUAGACGAUGAUGACGAACCAGACACCAGCCCCUUGGAAACUUUUCUGGCUUCCCUGCACAUGUUUGAGUUCAUCUCCAUCCUGAAGAAGGAAAAGAUUGACUUGGAGGCCCUCAUGCUGUGUUCAGACAAUGACCUGAAGAGCAUCAAUAUCCCACUGGGCCCCAGGAAAAAGAUUGUGGAUGCCAUCCAGAGGAGACGACAAACGCUGGAGAAGCCAGACGUCAUUGUAGACACUGAACUGUAAGUAGGAGAUGAGGCGUCUGAGAGGUUAAACCCUUCAGCAGGUGGAGAUGUGGAUAAUGUAAAGUCUUGUUUUCAACCUGCUUUGGAAGAGUAGGAGUCCAGGUAACCUCAGCACUUCUGUGUGUGGGCACAUUCCUGCUCGUGUGGAAAGGAUGAGUUUGGAGAGGUAGCAAUAGUGUUAGUUCAUUACUCAACAACCUUAAUGUAACUGGGCAGGACAUGAAGCCCGUGUUUCGUUUCAUAACCCAUUUGAAUGCAGACUGCUCUGUGGUCUGAUGCUUCUCAGUCCAUGUAGCUGAGAUUUUCAACCACACUCACGCUUGUCUUGACUCUUCACCUUUUCAAGACAUUAGGAAAUCAACCGCAAUUCCCAGUGGGAGCAGGCUGACGGCAGUGCCCGGUGGCAUUGGGAAUCCUUCCCCAAAUGCCUGAGAUCUUACUCAGUCCUCUGGAGAUUGCAUAUGAGGGUUGGAGUUGUUGCUGUUUUAUGGUAUUUCCAGGGUUUGGUUGGUAGGGUUAAAGGACAGGGUACCUGUCAGAGAGGUGAAGGGAAGGCAACAUGCACUGACACGCACAAUUCACUGUGUUUGGCCUUCAGACAGCUGUGUGCUGCUUUUACACUACAGCUUGUUCCUGGAUCCUCAGGGUGCUGAUGGAUUUUUUUUUCUUUCCCU